UUGCAACAGCUAAGUUGCAGAUCAGAGAUAUCUUGACUUUAAGCCCUGCAAGACGUAGACAACAGCUGCUGGUGACGUAAAGGAAACAAUUGUUUUAGUGGCAUAGAAAGCCUAAUUUUAACCUUUUGGUGUUAGGUAUAUAUUGACAAGGGAGUGACACGUUGCAGUUGAAGUUGACAAGUUGAGUAAGAUAGAUGAAGCUUACAAGCAUGGAUGUUAUCUUCAAGGAAGGGAUGCUGUACCUUCAGGGGGUCAAGUUUGGAAAAAGAACAUGGCGGAAAAUCUGGAUGGUGCUUUUUAAACCCAGCUCCACAGGGGUCGGGCGGUUGGAGCUUUUCACUGUACUUGACAACAAUGCCGUUACUGACCAGAAGAAGGUCAGUCGGCAGAAAACACCAGAGAGAAAAGUAGUACGUCUAAGUGACUGCCUCAGUGUCACCCCUGCUCCAAAGGAGUCUUGCCCUCCUGGUUGCACAGCCUUUUACUUAAACACCACUCAAUGCAAAUACACCCUGGCCUCCACAGCAAGCGAUGACUGGAUAAGUGCCCUCUGUCUUCUAGCCUUCCAGAGGGAUCCUGGAGAAUCAGACAAAGGGGAUUUCGAGAGAGGAAAUGGCUUGGCCAUGGAGGACAAUGACCUUUACUCAUCUUGGAAAACUGAUCUGAGCGUUCUUCCAAACCAGUACCAAGUGACUGUCCAGAGCACAGAGGCAUCCAGGCGGUGCCAGUUGGCUGGGGAGUAUCUGGUCUCCCCAGAAAAAGAGGCUGUGAUACUGCUGGCCAUCAAAACUGGUCACGUCAUCUAUCGCUGGCCAUACAGGCUCUUACGGAAAUUUGGACAGGUUGAGGGUGGAUUCAGCAUUGAAGCAGGCCGUCGCUGUGAGUCAGGAGAAGGAGUGUUCAUCUUCCUAUCCAGGCAUGGUCCCCAGAUCUUCCAGGCUAUAUCAGAGGGGUGCUCUGUGGAAAAGUCCUCUGUCAAGCCACUCAGGGGAUCAGUCAUUUACCAGUUGCCUGUUACCCUCCCAACCAUAACCAACCAGCCCUCUGGCCCUCCUGUCUACAAUCCUGCAGAUGUUUUAGCUGACUCAGAGGAUGAUUUUGACCACUACUCUACUAUUAAUGACCCCUCUAUAGUAAAGGUAAAGCGGCAAUCUCUUGUCGAACCAUUUCCCUCUAACAUCAGGGAAGCUGUGGGACAGGAAGAUGAGGAUGAACGAUGUCAUUCCCUGGAUCCUGUAAACCUGGUUAAUCUCAUGGAUGACAGCAUUUAUUACAACAUAAGGAGAGCCACGCCUCCUAUUAUCAGAAAAGAUCUGUUCAAACCUGAGACAGACAAUACAGAGUGCAUCUAUUCGGAUUUGAAAAUAGUUACUUCUCCCUUGAAUCCCCAGCUGCAGCCCUUCUUGUCCCCCCUCCCUCAGCCUGUUCCCCAGCCUCCUCCCUGCCCGGUUCCCCAGCCUCCUCCCUGCCCGCUUCCCCAAUCUGUUCCUUACGUGCCCAAGCCCCGAUACCAGCAUCAGCCCCCUGCGAAUAACUACAUCCAGCCAGAGUACAAUGCCCAGGCACAGGCAGUGGAUGACAUGAAAGAGAUGGAGGAGGCCAUCAGCUCCUCUACCCAUGCUACCCCCACAGAGGCCCCUGGCAGUUUUAAACACAGGCUGGCAGAAAUCAUUUCCAAGGACCUGGCAAAGUUCCAGCCACCUCUUCCCUCCGGAGCGGGCAGUCCCACAUUUUCUCAGUAGGCUAUUAGUUAACAGACAGACCAGAAGGGGCAAUUUUAACCACGAUAGACUGUCAUAAAGUAUAAUGAGUUACUUUAUGUCUUAGAAAUCCUUUCCGCUGGGAACAUUAGGAAUCAGAUUUUGGCUUGCAGAUAUUUGUAUAUUUUUCUGCAGUGGUGGAAUGUAACUAAAUACUGUCACUCAAUCUUGAAGUCCUUGUACAUUACUUGAGCUUUUUUUUGUAAAACUACCCACACAAGCUAUAACAUGAAUGAUGCUUAAUGCAUCAAUAAUUAUAACACAAUAUUAUUAUAAAAUUGUCCCUUCUGCAUAUUGAGUACUUUUAGUAGCCUAUUUUAAGUAUAUUUUGUUGUUAAUAUAUGUUGUUUAAGAAAAAGUAUUUCCUCACUGUAAUAUUGCUAAUUUUACCUAAACCUACUACAAGGAACUUUUAACUGGUUAUGAGACAGUGUACAUUUAAUUCUGAUGACUCUGUAUGAGCUAUAAAAAAGAAGACUUGCUGUGUCUGUAUUUAUUCUUAAUGCCUGCCACCAGUUGGGCUUUCCCAUUAGCACUUCUGGCCACGCCAAGUCAAACCAGCACAUGCUGAUUUGCAUUUCCAUUACCAUUACCGGGAUGUGCUGUUCCACUCAGAGGCCAGAUUAGGUCAGAUUCCCCUUGAAAACAAUGAAGCAAGGCAGUUGAAACAAUACUACUUUUGUCCACAGGGGCCGCCAGAAUCAGCAAAAAAUUCUAGAUCUUUGUUGCUGCUUUGAAUUAAAGAUCUGAGUUCUUCUUCCAACACUGUCUGUGCUAUCUGUAUCCUGUUGUAUGUAUGUAUCUGGAAUACAUUUUAUUCUGUGGAUUGUUUUGGCAAAAAGAAGAUUCAAUUAAUGUUGUUCUUCACUUCUGGAAUGUUAUUGCUAUUUGUGCUGCAGUUUAAUGUGACAUUGCUAUUAGUUGAUAAGCUGAA